AUGACAGCAUCUCCACCUUCACGAUCGAGGCUCUUCCGAUUCAGCCUGCGCGCCUACAAAGUCACGGUGCACGUGGUGGGCAAGCCAACAUCGGGAGGCUGGGAAGGGACAGCAGUGGAAGAAUAUGUCCGGCGCCUUCGUGGCAGAGAUCCUGCCAUCGAGGUUGAAACCAUCUUCCACAAAGCAGAUGCUCCGCUUCUUCGGGCGUUGAACAAGUUGCGCCACCCGAUCUUGGUUUUGGACGAGAGAGGUGCCCUGUUGGACUCCGAGGAGUUUGCUCGUCUUUUGUUUGCGCGGCUCGAG